AUGGAAUUUGCAAUGUACGAAGGCCCCUGGAUGGUGCUGGAUCACUAUUUGAUCGUAAAGCCGUGGGAGCCAGACUUCGAUCCAAUGAACGACGACACGGAGAUGGUGCUAGUCUGGGUAAGAAUUCCUUGUAUACCUGUUGAGUACUAUGACAUUAUUUUAUUCAGGAAACUAGGGAAUCGAAUUGGGCGGAUAGUGCGGGUCGAUCAAGCCACUAGCCUGGUCUCUCGAGGCAAGUUUGCCAGGAUCUGUGUGGAGAUUGACAUGAGGAAGCCUCUAAUUUCAAAGUUUACUUACAAGGAGAAAGUCAGGCACAUGGCGUAUGAAGGCAUACACCUGGUAUGUUUUUCUUGCGGGUUUUAUGAAUAUGCGAAGGAGGCCUGCCCUUUGCUUCGAAAAUCGGUGGCUGAGCAAGGAGACAAUGUGGAGGAAGACAAGGCGAAUCAGAACGAGGGGGAGGUCUCAUCCACCGCGAUCCAAACACACAACGCGACCAAAGAGGCUAGGGAUCCCAUGAUCCCUUUUGGUGUUUGGAUGAUUGCUCCUAAACGGGGUGGUAGGCCUCCGAUGAAGGCAACUGACCGCAACCUUCAACUAGCGAAUGGCCGAGGGGAAGGAAUCAGAAACAAAAACGGAGCUGUGGCACAAGUGUCCAGAGAAGCCAAGGGAGGCAGCAAAGGAAGGGCAAGCACCAAUGAUUGGGGCGGCGGACAGAACAGCAACGAGAAGGAGUCAGAUGCCGACAACGGGGGAGAUAGAAACCGGAGACCAAACGUUAUAGCAAAGAAGAAACAAGUCGUGAAUGAGCCUACGGUGGAACAGGGGGCAAAGUCCGGCACAGGGGCUCCCAUGCCCAGAGUACGACGGGAGAAUGGUGGAAGUUCCAGGCGGGCGGCGGAGGAAGACGAACAUGUUGUUGUCCGGGGUGCGUGGGGCGGCUUGGUGAUACGGUCUUCGUGGGUGUACGUGGGGGACACUGGUAGCACAUUACCCUCGCCGGUAUGGCAACCAACAAAAGAGCACCACGGAGACCCGCGGGAGCAUGUGGAUGAUGAAGGUGACGUGGUUAUGGACCUAAAUGAGACCCCAUUGUAG